GACACGGCUAAAGUACCAUUUGCGUGGGCGUUAGAUGACUAAAGGAGACACCUUUUCUCCACUGUCUCUCUCUUCUCUCUCUCCAUAGAUCAACUUCACUUCCUCCUCGAAAUGUGAUUAGGGGUUUGUCACCAUAAGCUCAAAGAUUAGGGAUUUCGUCACUUACUCAAUUUCAGAGAAGACAAUUUAGCAAUGAACAUUUUCAAGAAGAAGACCACUCCCAAAGAUGCUCUCCGUACCAGCAAGAAAGAAAUGGCUGUGGCUACACGAGGAAUCGAACGCGAGAUUACAUCUCUUCAAUUGGAGGAGAAGAGGCUUGUGGCAGAAAUCAAGAAAACAGCUAAAACUGGAAAUGAGGCAGCCACCAAGAUCUUAGCUCGACAGCUUGUUCGAUUGAGGCAACAGAUCACCAAUUUGCAGGGAAGCCGUGCUCAAAUCCGGGGUGUAACCACUCAUACACAGGCUUUGUAUGCAAGCACCUCUAUUUCAUCUGGAAUGAAAGGUGCAACCACAGCUAUGGUUGCAAUGAACAAGCAAAUGGCACCGACAAAACAAGCUAAAGUUAUCAAGGACUUUCAGAAACAAUCUGCACAAUUGGACAUGACGAUAGAGAUGAUGUCAGAGGCAAUUGAUGAAACUCUUGACAAAGAUGAAGCUGAAGAGGAAACAGAAGAUCUCACUAACCAGGUUCUUGAUGAGAUUGGUGUUGGUGUUGCAUCUCAGUUAUCUUCAGCUCCAAAGGGCAGGAUUGCAACGAAAACUGCUGCUCCCGCUCCUACCACUACCGACAACAAUAAUGAUUCGGAGUCUACUGAAAUGGAGGAACUAGAGAGAAGAUUGGCUUCACUACGACGAAUCUAAAAUAUGAUUUUUUCUACAUCUUCCAUCACGAGAAAGCAGCUUCUUCAUAUUCUUGUAUAAAUCUACUAAUGUAACAAACUGGGUCUCAUGUUUAAAUCAAAUACUUAAAUAUAUAACAUCGUCAACCUUGCAAGACGUGAAGGUGUCCUUUUGACUCUUGUC